AUGCUAAGAGCCACUGUUUUACGUACUCCAAGACAACUGAUCUACAAGUCACCAAGGGCGGCUUUCUCCGUCGCCGCCAGAGCUUCCCUUCCUCACUUGAAGGAUAACCAAGACGCGGCUGAAAAGAAGGAACAGAGUUUGUUCGACAGCAAUAAGAAGAAACUGAAUAGCUUGGAGCAUGAUAAGAAUCCCGACUACAAACAACCUGGAAUGGAAGACUUACAAAAGAAGGGUGAUGAUGCGAGAAUCGAACAAAACAGACCAGAUGAUGGUGUUUAUUGA